GAUAGGAUCAUCUGUAGUCGAGUCUGCAUGCAGGAGUCAAGAUUAAUGGGUGUGUAACUGCAAGUGAACAACAACACGAGUCAAGAGACGUUAAUAAGACUGCCUUUUUUUCACUGCAUUAUGAGGUAUAACUAAUGUUUGAUGAUGAUUUGACUGGUCUGUAGCGUUUACUAGUUGUGACAGAAGGCGAACUGGUUUACGAUUUUUUCAGCUGUCAAUGAAGUAAGACAAUGAGCAUCACCAGUGGUUUGAGUCAUUCCAAACGUCUCUGUCUGGGUAUCUUGGUGCUACUGACUGUUGACGCCAUCUGGGUAGCCUCAUCUGAGCUUACCAGGUACAUAUUCAAAGACAAGGGCUAUGACAAGCCCUUCUUCAGCACAUACCUGAAAACCUCCAUGUUUAUGCUGUAUCUCCUUGGCUUUAUCUUCUGGAAACCAUGGCAACGGAUGUGCUCAGUUUGCAUUGGAAAGCCAACUACACUUGCGACAGAUGUCCAAAGUACAGUGCCAAACAUUCAAGAGGAGAAGCAUGAUUUGUUGAGUGACCCCCUUUACGUUCCCGUCAAAUUCACUGACAGUGACAAGGAAAGCAUAGACAGUAGACAUAGUAGCAUCAGCGAGCCAUGUGAUUCACCUGUCAAAAUUGGCCGAGUGAGAUUCAGCAAUCUGAUGGAAGUCAGGCAGUUGUCUGAGUGUCAUGGGCAGGAUGCCAUGCUGUCCAGAAUGCCCUACAAUGCCAGCCAGCGUAACAGCCUGAUCCCCCCACCGCCAGAAGGCGAGAAACUGCCCAUGACUCAAGUCAUCAAAAUCAGCCUUUCCUUCUGUGUUGUGUGGUUUUUAGCAAACUUCUCUUACCAAGAGGCUCUGAAUGAUACUCAAAUGGCAAUUGUCAACACUCUUUCCUCAACUUCAGGUUUGUUCACCAUGCUCCUAGCUUCUGUAUUUCCCAGCUCCUCCGGGGACAAAUUCACCUUGACAAAAUUAGUCAGCGUACUCUUCAGUGUUGGCGGUGUUGCUAUGGUGAGUUUCACCACCACGGACAACGCCCACGAAGAGGUCAAGGUGGGGUCAUUUUGGGCCCUGGGCGGGGCGUUCCUCUACGCAGUGUACCUGGUGAUGCUGAAGCGCAGAGUGGACAAUGAAAAUACUCUGGAUAUCCCCAUGUUCUUUGGUUUUGUUGGUCUGUUCAACUUUCUUCUGAUCUGGCCCGGUUUAAUCAUUCUCCAUUUCUCUAACUGGGAGACGUUGGAGAUGCCUUCGGUCAAGGUGGUUCUGUACCUGGCGCUGAACGGUAUCAUCGGCACGGUCAUUUCAGAGUUUCUGUGGCUGUGGGGUUGUUUUCUGACGUCCUCCCUCAUUGCAACGCUGGCUCUGAGCCUCACCAUUCCAAUCUCCAUUCUCCUGGAUAUGUACCUCAGCAGAGUGCAUUUUUCACUCCUCUUCUUCGUCGGUGCUGUGCCGAUCUUCGUUUCCUUUUUCGUCAUCUCGCUACUGAACCACUACAAUAACUGGGACCCACUCUGGGUGGGCAUACGGCAACUCUACAGCAUCUUGAGACCUUACCUGAACUCCUGCUGCUGGUGCAAUCGAAGACGGAAACACCUGUUAAGAGUUUCUGAGGACAAGGAACAAUCAAAGAGUCUCAUAGAAGACGGCAUGGACUCGGACGAAACUGAGGCCAGUAGAGACAGUGAGAGUUGCUGAAUUCUCUUGUGCCAAAUCACACAAACUGCCACCAAGGGGGUUUUCCAUGCUUUGACUUUGUCUCCUGCUGUGGUUACGGUAUAUUUAGGGCCUCGGACUAUGCAGACUCCUGCUCAGUAUGGACUCAGUGCACAAACAGUAGAUGAUGGUUUGUGACCACACUCGACAGCCCCAAUAGAAGAGAUAUACCGUGUUGGCAUACUGGUUCGCAGACUUGGUACGAUGUACGUUAGACCUAGGGCCCGCCUCAAUCCAUAUCCGAGACGAGUUCUGGACAAGUUGCGGUACAAUCAUUUACUUUGUCAGGAAGAAGCUCUGCAUUUGUCCCGGACAUGUUCCGGGGAAAUUUUCAUAAGCAAGUGCUUGACUCUCUAAUACUGAUAACUUCAUUGCGGGAAGAUUGUGGGGAAGUUGUUGAGAAUCCUGCAGCUUGUACCGCAGCUAAUGCAACUUGUCCGGAACUCGUCUCGGAUAUGAAAUGAGACGGGGCCUUACUUUAUUCUGAAUGUACUGAAACCUGUAGCAUCAUCGUGUGAACGUCAGGUGCCAUUGGCAGUGCUUGGAACGUCCCUCCAGGUCCUUCCCAACUCUCCCUUUGUAACCAUUGAGGGGGUACUUGUGCACGGAGUCCAUGGGUCCAGAUUCCGUUUUAGGAACACAAAUUUUAUGGACUUCAUGCAUGAACAGUACAUAGCACUUCAUGACCACUCAUGAGACCUCGAUGGGAGGUGACACUCUGCAUGCUUGUUUGAUUCAUGCACGUAUGGCGAAUACGUUUAUUGUGUAUGCACACAAAUCCUUAUUGUUGUCGCAUGAGCCAGGCAUACAAUGGCAAUGCGUUCAACUCCCC